CUCGAAUCGAAUCUCAUUUUUUUGUUGCCAUGGCCGCCGACUCCCUCGCUUCCUCCUCCUCACUCUGAAACGCGCAACACAAACCCUAAUCAUGGCCUCCCCCUUUCCCGGUCUCCUUCCAUCACUCCCUUUCUCCCCUUCCUCUCCCCCUCCUAGCAUCUUCCCCGGAAAGCCCCUCCCUCGCCUCCGUGCCGCGGUUUCUGCUGCCCUCCAGUGGAACCGCAAGCCUCAGCUCGCCGGUGAAACUCCGCGCGUGGUGGUCGUCACCUCCGGAAAGGGAGGAGUCGGAAAAACUACCACCACCGCUAACGUCGGUCUCUCCCUCGCCCGCUUCGGUUUCUCCGUGGUCGCCGUUGACGCCGACGCCGGCCUCCGUAACCUGGAUCUCCUCCUCGGCCUCGAGAAUCGCGUCAAUUACACUGCGGUCGAAGUCCUCAACGGUGACUGCCGGCUCGAUCAGGCCCUGAUCCGCGACCGCCGCUGCCCCUCCCUCGAGCUCCUCUGCAUCUCCAAGCCUCGCUCCAAGCUUCCCCUGGGAUUCGGCGCUAAGGCUCUCACAUGGGUCGUCGACGCCCUCCGCUCCAGGCCGUCAGGCGCUCCGCAUUUCGUUCUCAUUGACUGUCCCGCUGGCAUUGACGCCGGGUUCAUCACCGCCAUAGCUCCGGCGAAUGAGGCGCUACUCGUGACGACCCCUGACAUCACUGCCCUCCGCGAUGCUGACCGCGUCACCGGACUUCUCGAGUGUGAUGGCAUCCGGGAUAUCAAGAUGGUCGUCAAUCGGGUGCGGACGGAUUUGAUAAGGGGCGAGGACAUGAUGUCAGUGAUCGAUGUGCAGGAAAUGCUUGGGCUUGCACUGCUCGGUGUUAUCCCUGAGGAUUCUGAGGUUAUUAAGAGCACAAACAGAGGCUAUCCACUUGUCCUGAAUAAGCCCCCGACGGUGGCUGGGCUUGCAUUCGAGCAGGCUGCGUGGAGGCUGGUUGAGCAGGACACAAUGACGGCUGUCAUGGUUGAAGAGGAGCCCAAGAAAAAGGGCUUCUUUUCUUUCUUUGGUGGUUAAGGCUACUCCUUACUUUAGAGGAAUUUUGAGCAUGAUACUCUCAGAACAGGAGUCGAUUCUCAGCUUGGUAGCAGAGGGGGAGAUUUUGGUUGUGUACAGAAUAGGUUGCAUGACUAAAAGGCCUGUUGUCUGAUUGACUCUGGAGACACCUAUUUUCAACAUUCUUCUACCACAGGAAAAGCAACUUUUCUUAUGAUGGACUUGCAACAUUUGUAAUUUGUUGAUUUCGUUUCGUUUCAUUUAAAGUGGCAUUAGUUACAUGUUUUAGUUACAAUGAUAACUUCUAGUUGUCAGAAGUUCUAGAAUAGAGAAGAAAAUUGCACGUAUUUCCUGAAUGAUCGAGAUAAAAGCCAUAAUCGUUUCCCUUUGAUUUGAUUUUUGUUGAUAGUGUAUCUUUCUUUUCUGUUCUAGUAAAUGAAAUAUACUGAUAUUUUGAUUGUUAGUACCUUUAUGGGAUUUAUGUUAUCUAGGAGUAAUACUUUAUUGAAGUUCCUAUUGUGCUGUUUAUGUAAGUGUCCAGAACUAAAUGUCAUCCACCUGCUUGUUGAAGGAUAGCCACAAUCAAACAAAUACUUGUCUGUUUUCAGUUUUUCAGAAGCAUUCUUAAAGAUGAUUCAGGCGGUGUUCUUUUUUAGAUAUGAUCACAAUACAAGUGACUUCUGCUUGUGGAAGACGAGAUUCUAGACAAUAUUCUCAUCUUUCUUGAUUCUAUUUUAUCCUUGAGUUUCAAUGUUAUCAGUUGGAACUAUGGUUUGGUGAAUAUAUUCACGACAAUCUGAUCA